AGUUGCUAUAUGGUAGCCAUUAUUAUAAGAAUGAUAAAAAUAUAUGUAUCAUUCUAAUUAGAUAAGAAAGAUACACUAGAAUUCAGAGAUACCUUCUGGCUACUAAGAAUUCUAGUAGAUAAAGGUAGGAAAACCUUCCCAGAUAUUUUUUUCACUCUCAAAUGUGAAAAAUCAGUCUUCAGUUCAUCAGAUGGGAGUAUCUUGAGAGAGAAAGAAAAGGAAUAUUCACAAUUUUCUGAUUAUUACCCAUGAGAAAUGUUUUGGAGAGUAAGAGUACUCUCGUCUUAGAAAUCAGAGGUUCCAUUCACAAAACAGAAUCAAUUAUUGGCAUAGCUAGGAAAAUGAAAGGUAUCAUGCAGUAUGUAAAUCAGUGCUGUUAAUUUGGCUUUAAGUAGUAAGUGUGAUCUUGUGUCCUACACCUGCAGUCUUUAAGCAGCACCAUUAUAAAGCUUCUAAAAGCUGAUGUGAAUAUAUAUAAACAGGCUUCUCAAUCUCAUCUACCUCUACAGUCAGCAAAUUAAAAUUGAUUUUUUUAACUGUAAGUAGUAAAAAAUUUCAGCAUCCUUUUUUUUCCCCCGGUUUUAAGUGGCAAAAUCUGACUUUUGUCGCCUGCUGGAAAUAAGCAAACUGUUGCUCUACUAGAUCUUACAGCCUUCUUUCCAGUUCUGUUCUGCAACUUCUUAAACAACAAAAACAGACAAACAGAAGUCCUCAAGUUUUCAAGUGAUAGCACUGGGAUUUGAUGUCUGAAAGAAUCUUUCUUAACAGCUUGCUUAGAUGAAGCUACAGGCUCUGCAGGCUCUUGAGUAAGCUCCUUAAGAAAUGGUUGCUCCUUGAUUUUAUUUUUUUGGGGGGGGGAAUGGGAAGUUUAGUACUCGUACAGAAAACACAAAAGGCAGAUCGAAUGUGUACCCCAGGAUCAUUUCUCCAGCGGUGGCCAAAAGUGAGUGCCUGGGGAGGAACAGAAGAAUGAGGCACUCCUUGAUUUUUCCCGAGUGCUUUUGGAGCCCCCAGAUAUGUGCUACUCAAACAUUCUGAAUCGUGGCAAAAAAUAGCAGAUAGUAAUGGUCAGGAGCUUUUGGGUAAACAGGAUACUGGUGCACAGGAUUCUUUCUCUGCUGACCCAGGUAACAACAUGUUCAGUAAAUGGCAAAGAUGUUUUCUGAGGAAAGCAACAAAUUGGUCGUGUUUUUAAUAGGAAUGUUAAAUAUUUAAGCAAGGAAGGACACCUUAUUUAAAAUAAAUAAAUAAAUAAGUAGAAAAUUAAAAAAGUGAAGUGAGAUGGGAAGAGAAUUUGAGAAGUUUAAAGAGAAACACCAUUUGUUUUGUCAACUUCCAAAUCAGUGUGAAAAGGAAGCUAGGUCAAGACAGGUCACAUCUGGGCUCAGACUAAGAAAGCUGCUUUCUAUUUCGGGAAGUUCAGGAGGAGAUGAGAGACAUCAUCUAAUUAUGAAAUGAAGCAGCAGAAUUUGUGUUGUAUUCAGUGUGCAUCUUUUGGCAAAAAUACUUUAAAACACUUCCCCUGACACGUGUUCUAUUAACAUAUUUUUCUGCAGCUAGAAAAGUAUGGAAAGGAUCAUCUUUGAAGUUAAAGGCAGGUAAUGGCUAAAGGAUGUUCCUGUGCUUUUCAUCCUUUUUGGAAAGAACAUACUGUGUUGAAGCUAUUUCUGAGUGUCAUUAACUUUUUUUGACAGAUCAGUUUGGAUAAUAUUUGCUUGCUCUGACUGUGGGCUUCACAAGGUAUUUGAUCAACAAUUGUGCUUUCAGCUUUUUUUUUCUUUCUGGAAGUAAAGGCAAAACGAUGAUUCACUUUCUGGACUCAUGUUUGGACCUAACUUGUCUUCUUUCCCAAUCCAUGAAAAUAGCAAGCUUAAAAAAUCAGCAUUUAAAGCAUUUGGCAUAAACAAAGCUUAUAGUUUGUACGGAGAUAUGAGAAAAGAGUUCAAUCUAGUUUGGGUAGAAAACAAAGUGUGUGCAGAGGUUUAAUAAACCAGUCAGCUGCUGGAAUAGAGAUGAUGAAUUCUUGGCAAUAGCAAUCAAAUGAUCAGUCUUAAUUGCAAGAUACUGCCCAGACACAGAACCACCAGAACACAUUGUCCAGAUUUGCCAAAAUCUUCGUAUGUUUGAAAUGUUUCCUGUCUUCUGCCUGUGGUACAAAGCAGUUCCCACCCACUUGACGUUGUAGGCUAAAUGAUUUACAUGCAUUGGCUGUUGGUGGUGGAACAAUCUGCCUGGACGUUAAAGCAGUUCAUAGGACGAGAGGCCAUCCUUGUUUGUUUUUUUUUUUUCACUGCUUAAUUUCAGCCUACUCCUUUAAAUGGGUGCAAUAUUCUUUCUCUUAGCUAAAAUUGGUUAGAGAGUCUUAUGCAAAAUAUAUGCUCUGUGUACUUCAUGUAUGUGGUGGAAUGCCUGCGAAAGCUAUCUGGUCCCUCUGUCUGAACAGCAAGAGAUGACUCUGAUUUGAAGUAGGCCAGAACUGAGGGAUGUUGAGGCAGAACCUGGAUGGGGCUGUUAACACUACAGAUGGUAAUGCCUUACAAGCCACUUCCUGUGUAGUGGAAGGGAGGCAAGUUGUUCCAGCCCAGAAAUUGCUUUAGUAGUGUCAGAGGAAUUCAGCCCAGUCCCCAGAAGUCUUUCCUUUAAUUGGAGAAGUCUUACUCCUGCCCACCCACCCCCAUUUCCUGUGCGCAACAGUCAUAGAACGGUUUAAGGGUUUUGAUUCUUGAGUUUUUAGCAGACAUACCUUUUUCUUCUUGACAACUGGCUGAAGUACGUUCCUUUAAGAUCCUCCUACACGAAGUUACCAGGAGAAGCAGAAUAAAACCAAAUAACUCCACCAGAAUGACCAGCAAUCACUCAGAGUGCCAUUACUGCCUGCAGUCUCUCCGUGGAAGGAAAUAUGCAUUAAGGGAAGAAAAUGCUUAUUGUGUUAGAUGCUACGACAGCCUAUUUGCCAACCCCUGUGAGGAGUGCAAGCAACCUAUUGAAUGCGAUUCCAAGGAUCUGGCUUACAAAGGCCGCCACUGGCAUGAGAGGUGCUUCAAGUGCACCAAAUGCAGCCGCUCUCUGGUAGAGAAACCAUUUGCUGCCAAGGAUGAGCUCUUGCUCUGUACUGAAUGCUACUCCAAUGAGUAUUCAUCAAAGUGUUUCCACUGCCAGAAGACCAUUAUGCCUGGUUCCCGUAAAAUGGAAUUUAAGGGCAGUUCCUGGCAUGAAUCCUGUUUUGUUUGUCAGUAUUGCCAGCAACCACUGGGAACAAAACCACUGAUCACCAAAGACAAUGAGAAUUACUGCGUACCCUGUUUUGAGAAACAAUUUGCUCAUCAUUGCUACUCUUGCAAAAAGGUAAUAACUUCUGGGGGAGUGGCCUACCACGACCAGCCUUGGCAUAAAGAGUGUUUUGUGUGUGCUGGAUGUAAAAUUCAGCUGUCUGGGCAAAGGUUUGUUUCCAGAGAUGAGUAUCCAUACUGUGUAGACUGUUUCAGCAAGUUUUAUGCUAAGAAGUGUGCUGCUUGCAAGAAACCUAUUACAGCUCUUGGAGGUGCCAAAUUUGUCUCAUUUGAAGAGCGUCAGUGGCAUGAAGAAUGCUUUAAGUGUGCAAGAUGCUCAGCCUCACUGGUGGGCCAAGGAUUCCUCACCAAGCAGGAUGUGGUCCUUUGCCAUGAAUGUGGUUCUUUGUAGUUCUGUGGAGAGCUAUAAAGAUGCAUUAUUCUCACUGUAUAACCAUGUAUUUUGUUACUCUGCAGUAAGAAAAUCAUCUAAAAGGUGUAUCGCUUAUUAAGUAAUUCAAGUGACUUUCCAACAGCAGUUUAAUUCCAUCACGGUUCUGAACUGCUUGUUAUAAAAACAAAUAAAUAAUCAGCCACACACUGCCUCAGAAAACAGUGCAGAAAAGAUUAGUAUAUAUUUUAAAUGUAACUGCAGUAUGUUUCUCUUUGUAACACACUGCACUCUGCUGUUAGAAACUUUAUCUUUCAUUUCCCAUGAACCAAGGAGAUGUAUAGAAAAUCUAUGUAACAUAUGUCUACUUAUGAGGCAUUAGCAUUGCAAGUGAGGAGAAGGUACGUGUACACAAAGAGACACCAAGUCAGGGAAAUCCAUUCCAGGGCCAGAGAAAGAGAUAAAAGGUCUUUUUCCUCUCUUUAUUGGUAUUGUUGAGAGUUCUCAUCAGAAAAAUAGAAUUUCCAAUAACUUUAUUCAUCCAAAAAAACUAAACGAUAGGUCCUUUCCCACAAGUGGUUAAUUGCACUUUAUUUUUCAGGCAUAAAUGUUUUAGAACACAAACAAACUCUUUUUUAUUUUUUUUUUUAACCUACUGUAAGAGGUACCAAUUGCCUGAGGUUGGACAGUGGUAAUGUAUAGUUUCCAGUAUUAAAAAUGAUUUAAAACUCUGUCUCCAUUAUCUUCUCUAGGUCUUCAAGUGCACUCUUAAAAUAUAGUUUCUCUUAUUUGAGGCAAGAGCCAACACACUGUUGUUCCUUUAAACUUACAUUUUUCCUCCCUUCAACAGUCAUUUGCCAUCAAUUAAAAUACUGAUAAUGGCUUUACCAUUUCUGCACUACAGUCUUUUAUUCACAGUCUACUCCUUUUCUUGUAAAUGUCUGCUGUCUGUAGCAGGCUAUCAGCUGUUCAGAGCCAAUACCCAUUCAUUCUGCCAUGUGCCAACAUGCAUUUGCCAAUAUUAUGUCAAGAAUUUGUAACAUUGCCAUCUCAAGGUAGGCAGUGCUCACAUGUAGUACAAAGCAUUAGUUUCUCUUUCCUCAGCUCAAGCUAUAUGCACACUGUAUGUUACAAUGGCCUGACUCAUGCUGCAGUACCUCUCCCAGGCCGUGGUGUAUGGUACCAUGAUUCUGAGCCUAUUAGAAGUGCUUUAUUCCUCAUCUCAUUAUUCUCUGUCUGAAAAUCAUUCUCUCGACUCUGAUGUUGAAUGCUUACAGUUAUUUGGCUGACUUGAGAGUGCUUUAUUCAUACUGAAUUAUGUAGAUGCUGCUUCAGGUAGAAAAAAAUAGAAAAAAAGUAGUUGUAAGCAUAGGUAGGGCAGAGUUGUAUAGCAGUGGCAUAAAAUCAACAGGUGCAUAGCAAUCUGUUUCCCAAUCAAUAAAGUAUUAAUCUUCUGCUA